CCCCCCGUCCUCCCACGCCAACUCGACCAUGCCUGUUCCCUUCGAGGCCCUCAUCCCGUUCGGUCUCUUGACGGUCAUGUUCGCCGUCACCGGCACCGGCAUGUCGGCUGCGCGCCGCAUCACCAACGACGGCAAGCCGACCCGUCACACCCUCGACAUGUGGGAGGAGCGCAUGAUGGAGCGUGACCAGAGGUUGACCGGCUCGCUGCGAGGGCAGUCGACCGAGCCCAUUGCGCCCAAGAAGUUUGCGACCAACUCGAUCUGGCAGACGGAGAAUGUCACGCGCACGUUCGCGUGAGGAGGGCUCUGCGUGGCUGUAGAACUAGGAGACGGCGGCGAGCAGGCGGCAACGUUGGUCCCAGUUGUCGUGCGAGUCU